AACGUGAUCCUGAAAAGUUGCCCAGUGAAAUGAACACAGGAGAUACCACAGUCUUUAAUUACGUAGUUAAUCAACAGGUACACAUGGUCGUACGUAACACAACUACUCUUAAGAGGAAAGAAUAAAUGUAGAGCAAUAUCGAGGCAUCUGGGAUUACUAUCCAUACACUGCAAGGUUCAAUUGUCAACAUUCCCAGUAAGUGAUACUGUGUACAAUGCCAUCUCCACAAGUCCUCCAGCCAGUUCUUCAAAUGAAGGUGGAUGAACUCUUUCUCAACUGGUUGAGUGAUCCUGCAACACAGUCACUACUCAAAGAUUAUCUUGACCUAAUUAGAAGUGGACAAAACAUUGAAGUGGGCGAUGGGGAUGCCGAGGUCAAAAGUUCACUGAGUUUCAGGGACAACAACAAUGUGGCAUCACAAAAGAACCUGGCAGAGAAGAAGCCCACUGCCCACUGUACUCCCUCCAGCCCGACAUCAACCAGUACUCUCCCCUCGGGGAGUAGCAGUAACACCAGAAUGACAGGACCUAAUGGCAGAGUACUACGGAAGUCUGUCAGCACAAAAAAGGCCCAGGUGAGGACGGAGGAGCCCGUCACCACUGCGCUCAGUGAAAGCAUUCCAAAGUUUUACUUCCCACAGGGCCGGCCCCAAGCCAACCUCAACAUCGACAGUCUCAUUUCCAAAAUUGAGAAAACAUUUUCCCAAUUUCCAAAUGAAAGGGCCACCAUUGAGGACAUGGGGCAGGUUGCCAAGGCCUGCGAGUGCCCUCUGUUUUGGAAAGUGCCAUUGUUCAACUCGGCUGGGGGUGACAGGACGGGCUUCGUGUCCGUCCACAAGUUUGUCGCUAUGUGGAGAAAAAUGCUGCAGACCUGUCACGAUGACGCUUCUAAAUUUGUGCACCUCUUGGCCAAGCCUGGCUGUAAUUACCUGGAACAAGACGACUUUAUUCCAUUCCUGCAGGAUGUGGUGAACUCGCAUCCAGGCCUGGCCUUUCUGAAGGAGGCACCAGACUUUCACUCACGAUACAUCACCACAGUGAUUCAGAGGAUAUUUUACAAUGUGAACCGGUCGUGGACUGGAAAAAUAACAUUUCAUGAGCUCAGGAAAAGUAACUUUCUUCAGAAUGUGAUGCUGCUGGAGCAGGAAGAAGACGUGAACCAGCUGACUGAGUUCUUCUCCUAUGAACAUUUCUAUGUCAUCUACUGCAAGUUCUGGGAGUUGGACAAAGACCAUGACCUCUACAUAGACCCGAGGGACAUGGCACGGCACAAUGACCAAGCCAUAUCGCAGAAGAUGAUAGAGAGAAUAUUCUCAGGAACAGUAACAAGGGACAGACGGGUGUAUAAGGAGGGCAAGCUGAGUUAUGCUGAUUUUGUCUGGUUUCUCAUCUCUGAGGAAGACAAGAAGACUGACACCAGUAUAGAGUACUGGUUCCGCUGUAUGGACCUGGAUGGGGAUGGCGUGCUCAGCAUGUACGAACUGGAAUACUUCUAUGAGGAACAGUGUCAAAAGCUGGACGCCAUGGCCAUUGAGCCGCUUCCCUUCGAGGACUGCCUCUGCCAAAUGCUUGACCUUGUCAAGCCUGAGGUCGAAGGUAAGAUCACGCUGCGGGACCUGAAGAGGUGCAAGUUGUCCCACGUCUUCUUCGACACAUUCUUCAACUUCGAGAAGUACCUGGAGCACGAGCAGAGGGACCCGUUCUCUGUCGUAAGGGAGGUGGAAACAGACGGCCAGGAAGUUUCAGACUGGGAGAAAUACGCCGCAGAUGAGUACGACACACUGGUGGCGGAGGAGGCUGCCAACGAGCAGUGCAACGAUUUGUAUGAAAAUCCUUUGGGGCAGUACAUCUCCACCGGUCUGAGAAAGAAACACUUCUUUGAGAUCCCCAUUCCACACUUCGACGUGGACCUGGACGACGAGUAUGAGGAUGACUAUGAAUGACCCUCAGUCCUGUAGCGUUAUCUCGCCCCCUGCCGAGCAAACUGCGCUUCCAGAAAUGGAUCAUAAACCAAGGUGUUAGCUACUGCGUCGCAUUAGGGAUGAACUGAGACAAAAACUCAGUCUCGGUCUGAUACUGGUCAACAUUACUAGAUCAGAGAAAUAAAAAUGGAGAAUCAGACACUAUCCAAAAACACUAACUAUCACAUACAUGCUUCACUAAGCACAGUCUGUAAAAAUGUGGCUGUUUAAUUUAUUCUUGGAGUGUUAUGUUUUAAAUGGCUGGCUGUGACUAGGUGGUAAAUGCAUCAGCACAAAUGUGUUGUCAACAGCUAAGUCAUUUAAACGAUGAUAAAAUACUGUAUCAGGGCAAUAUCAGUAUCAGGAGAUGCUCUACUAGGUUGUGUUAUCGGUAUCGGUCAAGAAAAAGUGGAAUGGAGUCACCUCUCCUCUCCACAGCAGGUCGGGGAUUUGCAGCUUCAGGCUCAGUUUCUGUCCUGCACAUAAAUAAACACCACACCAGAGAGCAAGUGCAAAGCCAGGAGAUACAGUCAGAGUUCUGGCAGAGUAAUGGACACUUUAUCACACACGUGACUAAGAGGAGACGUGAAGUGGCCUUUAGCAGAAGGCAGUUCCUCGCAAUACUGAACCAAAUGUUUUCAUAUUCUCACCAGUUGUUGACUUCAUGGCGUGACAAGCAGCACGUUUCUAAAUCCCUCCGCGCACACAAAAAAAGCAGGGGCAGUCGUGCUGUGCAUGUGGAGCUUUGUGUUGUUUUCUCUGAACACCAGCGUUCACUUUUUAUAUUCACAUGAGUUAAAACCAUGUUCUCUGCAAGACACUGGAGCAUCCCGUGUCAUCUCAAGUCAUUGGUUAAUUCGACAUUCCAGUGAUCACAACGGAAUGUUUUUUCUCUGAAGCUGUAAAUUCAUUCAUGGUUCUUUUGCUGAAAUGAGCGGUCACUGUAAAUGCUAGACAAGCCACCGUUGUUGAGUCUGCUGUACACACAGAUGUGUAUCCAUUGUGACGCAGACUUCGUGUGUGUGUGUGUGUGUGUGUGUGAUGAGGUCAUAAAUUAUUAGAGAUGGAUUUAUUAAGAACUGUAAAUAUGUCUUUGGUGCUUGCUGUGUUGUAAAUGAUUUAGGCAAGUGUUAUAGACAGAUUCUUUUUUUUCUAUGUCAUGAAGUAAAUAAUUUGAAUGUACUUUGACAGAACAAAAGGAACCAAUUUUAAAAGUGUUUUGUUUUUCGUUAAAUUAAUAAAGCCUUGGUUAUUGGAAGAGAAAAGAAAACAGA